GUCUGUCAGUUCCUGCAAAUGACACACUGACAGCUGCUGCCUUACCCAGCCUGUACCAACCUGCUGUACUUACCUGCUUGGUGGAUCGCUGAUGGAAAGUUAAGGAAGUUUGCUGAAGACUGAACGUUCUUAGAGGGAGACCCUCAAAGGGGGUUUCAACCCCUGACACCCCACCAUCCAGCCCAUCUUCAGAACCCCACCUCCUGAACCCGCCCUGCUGAGGUCACUUCCUGAGAGAAGUAGGAGGAGCCAAAGAUCAGUGGAUUGGUGGACCGUUGGACGUGACAAAACCUGUCUAAAACUUUGUUCUUACUUGGCCAACACCCCUUUUGACCGGUUCUCCUCUGGAAAAUGGCCAGGGCAGUUCAGACUAACCGGUUCUACAGCAACUGGCAGCCAAAGGUGGGAGGUGAAUCUGCUGUGGGCCAUGUGUUUCUGGUGAGGUCUCAUCGUCUGCCAAAAUGAGGCUGAUGCCCGGCUCGCCUCGACCCAUCCUGCCAGCCAUCCUGGCUCUCACCUUAGCCGCCUUCUUACCUCAGCUGUCCUCGGGAGCCACACCGUUCCCCCAAGACCUGGAACCAAUCAGCAUCGUGGGCAGAGAAUCCUCCUACCUCUACCCCAGCUUCCAGGGACUCAUGUCGGACAAUGACACCGUCCGCCUGGGCCUAGACUUCCAGAGGAUGCUGAGGAUCAACCACAUGCUCUACAUCGCUGCCCGGGACCAUGUGUUUGCCGUCAAUCUUGCCACAUCAUCUGAGCAGAUAAUCCCACAGCAGAAACUGACUUGGAAGACGAAGGAUGUGGAGAAGUGCACUGUGAGAGGGAAAAACAGCGACGAAUGUUACAACUACAUCAAAGUGCUGGUGCCACGCAAUGACGAGACACUUUUCGCCUGCGGCACCAACGCCUUCAAUCCCACCUGCCGUAACUAUAAGAUGUCGACACUGGAGCAGGAAGGAGAGGAGGUUGUGGGACAAGCCCGAUGUCCCUUCGAGUCCCGCCAGUCCAACGUCGGCCUGUUUGCAGGUGGUGAUUUCUACUCGGCCACUAUGACAGACUUCCUGGCGAGCGAUGCAGUGAUUUACCGCAGUCUGGGAGAAAGUAGCCCUGUUCUGCGUACUGUCAAGUAUGACUCCAAAUGGUUGCGAGAGCCCCAUUUCCUCCACGCUAUUGAGUACGGGAACUAUGUGUACUUUUUCUUCAGCGAGAUCGCAGUGGAGUACACCACUCUUGGCAAGGUGGUCUUCUCCAGAGUCGCACGUGUUUGCAAGAAUGACAACGGGGGUUCUCCGAGGGUGCUGGAACGUUACUGGACGUCGUUCCUCAAAGCCCGACUGAACUGCUCUGUACCGGGUGACUCCUUCUUCUACUUUGAUGUUCUACAGUCGCUGACAAACGUGCUGCAGAUCAACCACCGGCCUGCCGUGCUUGGCGUCUUCACCACACAGGCAAACAGCAUCACUGGCUCGGCAGUCUGUGCUUUCUACAUGGACGACAUAGAGAAGGCCUUCAGUGGCAAAUUUAAAGAGCAGAGGAACAGUGAGUCGGCGUGGACACCUGUUCCCGAGGAGCAGGUCCCAAAACCAAGACCGGGAUGCUGCGCCGGUGAGGGCUCAGCGGCCGCCUACAAGUCAUCCACCACCUUCCCCGAUGACACCCUGACUUUCAUCAAGUCGUACCCACUCAUGGACGAGUCCGUUCCCUCAGUCAACGACAGACCCUACUUCACCCGUACCACAAGCAGAUUCAAGUUGACCCAGAUAGCGGUGGACACGUCUGCAGGGCCGUAUAAGAACUACACAGUGGUAUUUCUGGGCUCAGACAACGGCCAUGUGCUGAAGAUCCUGGCCAGCACCGAGGGAGCCAACGCAUCCUUCAGCACCCAACUCCUGGAGGACAUUGACGUCUACAACCCAAACAAAUGCAACGUGCAGGCGGAGGACAGGAGGGUGCUGGGUCUCGAGUUGGAUCGGGAUCAUCAUGCGUUGUUCGUGGCAUUCUCCAGCUGUGUGAUCCGUGUGCCGCUGAGCCGCUGCUCUGACUACAGCACCUGCAAGAAAAGCUGCCUGUCUUCACGGGACCCGUACUGCAUUUGGCUCAAGUCAGGAAGCUGUGCCACAGUCUCACCUGGCUUCAAAGGCGGGUUUGAACAGGAUGUGGAGAACGGUUACCAUCAGCACCCGGAUACCUGCCACGAUGUCCUGGCAACAACUCGCAAGCAAAACACGGCGCUAGAUUCAGCGUAUGGGAAGACCACACCCACAAGCGCCAGCACAACCUAUCAUGGGGCGGCAUUCCCAAAGGAGGCAGGUGACACUGAAAGAGGUACAGGUCCUGAUGGCCCUCCCCCCGUGGGGGAACAAGGGUCACCUGACUCGGAGCCAAUCAGUGUGGAGAUGGAGGGUGUGAGGCGACCGCCAGAGCUGGAGAAGACCAAUCACAGUGUCCAUUAUACUCUCCUGAUCGCUUGUGUUUUGGUGGCCUUUGUCCUUGGCGCCUUCCUCUCUGGCUUUCUGGUCUCCUGCUACUGCAACCACACAGGCCACAAGACCAAGAAGUUGUCUAAAGAUCCCGAGGCCCCUAUACCGCAUGCCCUGUCCCUUCGCAGUUUGGCGAAGCUCAAUGGCCUUCUGGACAGUCAGAGUAAGGACGACAAGCUGGAGGUCUCAUCUCCAAAGAUCUACAACUCUUUCUUCGCCAGCAGCAAGGAGCAUCACCCACCAAGGAGAAACGGCCAUCCCGGAAUGACAAUGGGAGACCUGGUCCAUCCCCACCACCACCACCACCACCUCCACCAUUCUUCAGAGCUGUCUGGUCUGCCUACACCAGACUCGACCCCAGAACUGCCCAUCAAAAGCAUGAAAGCCUUCAAGAACCAGUGGGAGAAGAACCAGAAUUGCAACAAUGCCAAGGAACCAAAGUCCCACAACAUUGGCUCUAGGCCCAGCUCAGCCCUACUUCAUCAACAGGUCUUCCCGUACUCCCAUGGUCUGUCCAAUGGGCAGCCACUAGUUGGUCACCUCCAUCCGGAAGAACGCAAAAUCCAUAAUGUUGAACGUGUGUUAUCUCAGCAGCCUUACCCUGGUUACUCUCAGAAGGUGAUGGAGGUAACCUCUUUGGAUGAGCUCCUGAAGCACAUCCACGAUGCAAGCAGCAGCAAGAACUCCCAGUUAAUGAGCCCAUCUGGUCUGAUGGCCAGCGGUGGUGGAGGUCAGCUAGCAUUCGCCAACCGCAUCCAACCUCAGAUUCCUGAGACAGAAUCAGCCCCCUACUACAGCUCAUCCACUUUGCCCCGAGACAGCCUCACCCGACGCAUGGAUGUUCCACCGGACAUUCCCCCACACCACCAGUCCACUCUGGAGAGGAGGCACUCUUCCCAGAGGCACUCACUGUUGGCUGCAGCCACCAAGAUGCCCAGCGGAGGCGGUGGAGGAGGAGGUGGGGGAGGGAUGAUACCUCGUCAGCACAGCUUCAGCCAACGAAAUGGUGGGCCCCAUCAGCCACCUCCCCUCCUGGCACGGAUGAACUCGACAGGCAGCGCCUGCGAGGUUCACUACCCCCUCAUCCCCAAUGGGUACCUGACACGCCAGCACAGCUACAAUGGAGAGCAGCAAGAGGUCCCGCACAGGGGCGCUAUAGUCCGCCGAGCCUCCUCUCUCAAACCUGACGUCCCUCCCAAGCCCCUGUUCAUACCUGCCACGUCCCCAGUCAACCAACAGGGAAAGUUCAACUACUGAAGAGGUACACUCCUGGACUAGAGGGGGAGUCUCCCUCAUUGUGUCUUCUUUAAGGAACUUCUCUUUGAAGAAAUGCAGUGGGUUUGAGGUUGCAGACCUUCACAAGAAAACACAACCAAUCGCGUGGCAGCCAGUGUCACUGUGGACGAAAGCCUCAACCAAACUUGUUUUUUCCCUCUUCUUUUUGUCCAACGAAUAUCUUUGUACCAUAUUGGUAUUGCUCAGCUACUUGCUUAUUAUAGAACUGCUGACUCGGGUGACGUGACGCCACCUCCUUAUAUUAGGCUGCCAAUGUCCUCAGUGUGGAUUUACAAUGCAACUUAGUUUUGGGACGCAUUGAUGUUGGAAAAACUUUACACAUCAGUCAUCUUGAAGACUUAAAAGCCAGAGGCUCCUGCGAUGCUUAGAUUCAUGCUUUUGCUUAACCUUUUCUGAUGUAGUGUUGG